GUGUGGGUUAAGAGUGGAGAAAUCUAUUCUGCAAUUCCAUAUUAGUUCGUAACGAGUGAAUGGAGUGAGAUGUUGUUAUCCAAUCCCAAUGUUGAUAGCUAGCUGUGAAUUACUAUUUGAUGAUUAGAUCAAAUCAUUAAAUACAAAUAAAAAUUAAGCUUAUAGGUUAAGGUUACAGUCAAUACAAACAUCAACGAAUUUUAUGAUCAAUGCAAUAUUAAUCAAUUCUACCAGCCAUGAGUAAAAGUCAAAAGAAGUUUAGAAGCUCGAGUAGCGAGGAAAUCUCCGAGGAUUAAUCAGUUUCAGGAAGUUGCUCCGUUGGAGUCCAGAGGAAAACAGAAUCAAAAUCUUCAGAAGUCAAAGCCUCAGAGAAAGAACGAAAUGUUCAUUGAGGAUGUGUAUGAGAAGUCUCAGAGUGCGAAAGAUAUGAUUCGAGGCAGCACAGGGCUUGUGUACGACACUCGUAUGGUGAAGCACAGGUGUCUGUGGUACCCAGCUCAUCUCGAGUGUCCAGACAGAUUCAUGAAAACAUUAGACAGAUGUGAGGAGCUCGGACUGGUGAAGCGCUGUCAACCGGUUGAUGUCAGAGAAGCUACCGAGGACUGAACUGCUGACGUGCCACACUCAGGCUCACAUCGAUCGGCUUAGAGAGACAAACAACAAUCACGAUGUGGACCAGAUGGAACAGUUAGCAUCUAAAUUCGAUGCCAUCUACAUUCACCCAGUAAGUAUUAUUUAUGAUUU